UUUUUUCGACCUUGUUUGGGGUCCCCAGACCCAAAUGGCUUGAGAAUCCCUGACUUAAAAAAUACAAGUCUGAAUUAGCUCUUAAUGCACAUCAAUAUUCAAAAGCUUUACUGUAUGCAAAUAAAGUUUAAAAAUCAGUUAGUUAAAAAAAUCAACAAAAUAAUAUUUAUAUUUCCCACGCUUGAGUGGCCUAAUUCUUGUAAUUAGCUCACUAAUUUAGCUUUCACGCGGAUGGCAGGUUGGGUUUGAUUAACUACAAGCAGCAGGUGUGAAUAAUUAAGUUAUUUAACCGUGAAAAACACGACCACAGUAAUAUAACGCGCACACAGAAAGUGACGCUGUCAGCAGUAGGAGGAAAGAGCGCGAGGGAGGAAAGAGAGGGAGGCAGGGAAGAGCUGCGCGUGCGAGGAUGCUGCUCCGCGAGCCCGGACGUCGGCUGCUGCUGCAGCUCCUCAGACGCUCCGAGGCGGCAGCGAUGGAGACAGGAUGAACCUGGCGGGGAGUUUUUCACAGGAAAGAGCCUCUGGGGGUGUCGCUACCCGGUGGUGUCGGGGAUGGAGGUAUAGAGCGUGUUACCUUUGCUUUGGGUAGCGUUUCUCUUCUUCUACAGCUAACCAGUUAAUUUAGCGCUUGUCCGCGCGGUGUUAUUUUUCUCCACAGAAAAAUGUUGAAUUAAAGCCUCGCAACUGUCGCGGAAGAUGUCGGCGCGUCGUUGUUUGGUUUUUGUUGGGCAGAAGCGCCUGGAUAUGUUGUUCCCAAACCUGUGGCCGCCUUCCGCUUCUCCUCAGACGGCGCGAUACAGGAUUUUAACAAUCGAUAUUCUUCGUGUUUUUGGCGUCUGUUGCGCAUGCCCAGUAGUGUUGGAUAUAUAGACUGCUUGCCCCGACGCCACUUCGUUUCUCUGCCCUGGCCGUGAUGUAGCAGAGAAAAGAAAAGUGUAGGCAGAGCCAGGAGGGGGGACUGAAUAAAGAUGUUCCAGGCGAAGUGGGAUCCAGGCGACCAAAGGGUUUGACGAGAGAUCCUCCGCAGAAGAAGAAGAAGAAGAAGAAGAAGAAGAAGAAGAAGAAAACCCAGACUUGUGCCACAAACUGAAUAAUGUCAGGGACACCAAAUGCGGAGGCUGAAGGAGUAGUCUCCAAAGUGCAAGUGAAAAAGGAGAUCAAGACAAUCGUGGAGAAUUUGGAAAACAUCCUGGGAGACCUUAAGGAUGUCGCCAAAGAGCUGAAGGAGGUUGUGCAUGAGAUUGACACCCUGACUGGGGACCUGCAACUGGAAGAGGACGGACUAACGGACAGCUCCAAGACAGACACGCUAAACUCCAGCUCAAGCUCCACCACCACAACCACCACUGCUUCAAGCUUGGAGAAGAUGAAGGUUUACCCUGAUGACUGCAUCUUUAAAACCCAAGUGCCCCUCAGUCCGGUACUUUUCAGCCCUUCUUCAGUCCUGACUGUGCUCAAGAAAUCCCACCCRCCCCUGCCACCUCCAAGACUCACUCCGAUGAGAGCAGAGGACCACAACAUUAAGAAUCUGCCUCAUCCAACUUUCGUCCUGUCAGGGAAUAUAUCCAAGGCAAAUGGGUCUUUGAUAAGGAACGGUGGGGUUUUCCCGCUGAAACCAAACAAGGAUUUAUUCUCAUCAACUCCGUGCUUCAUUACUGGGGACAGCGAGAUUUCCGAAUCGGGUCUCGUUCCUACAUUGCCAAGACCCAUGCCGCUUCUCCGCCACGAGAAAAGCAAAUGCCCUAAAGCCCCCAGCAGGGAACCUCGCGAGAGAGUCCGCUUCAGCGAGAAGGUCCAGUAUCACGGCUACUGCCCAGACUGUGACCUCCAGUAUGAUGUAGACGACACUGAACUACACCUACAGGCAGAACUGAGCGACAUGAGGCUCAGUCCUGUGCAUUGCUGCUCAUCCUCCCCGCCUCCUUCCUCUCACGUUCUUUCUCAUCAACUGAUGUUGGAAAACGGAGGGCUUUCAGUCAGCCACAGUUUCCCACCCACAACAAACACUCCUCCACCUUGUGUGUCUCCCCACACGCCCUCCCGAAAACCCCAUAAAACAAUCCUGCGUAAAUCAACCACCACCACGGUUUGACACCAAGCCCCCACCCUGUUAUGUCUUUACUUAAACAUUCUUGAAUAAUUAAUAGUGUUUUCUACUCCAGUUGAACUUUGGAUUAUCCAAACAGAGAGAGGAGGGGCUGGGAAACGGAAAACAAAAGGAGGGAGAAAAGAAGCGCAAUGAAGAAAAAAGCAUCGCCACGGGCGCUGAGACGUAAACAGCGAGAUCAGGAGGAAGCGGGUCCAUUGAGAUUCUUGAGCUUCAAGAGGAAGGGAGGCUUGCGCCGUCCGCUAAUCGACCCCGGUUGAUCAGGGAGGGAGGAGCCAGCGCUGAGCCAAAACAUCAGCCUUCUUUUACUGAAAGUGCUAAUGGCUUUCACCCACCAGGAGACAAUAGUCUGAGCACUAAACAACCUUCAGGCACAGAUUUGGGAGUCACUACCAAGCUGAAGGACAGUCACUGUAUAUAAGAUCUAACAGACGACUGUGUUGUGGCRGUGGUGAAAUGUUUGUUUUUAUAAAUGGCUGAAUUAAAGAUUGGAAUUCUGCUGAAACCCAAUUAUCAAAAGUAACGAGGCGAGUUUAAACGAAGCGGCACCAGAUGGGGUGAAAUGAUGUCAGCCAGGAUUUGAUUGAUGUCUAUAAAGACUUUGGGUCUGUGCAUACUCAGAUGGAAAUCAAUAGCUCCACUCAACCGAUGGAAUUUGCCUUUUAAGAAUUGUAAUUGUGUGUGGAUGGCUCUAUAGGUCUGCCUGUGAGUCAGAAAAAAAUAUUGCUKCUCUGCUGGACUGCAGAUAAGGAGAAAAUAAUAUUAUGUCAGUAUGUGCCAUAUCACCACCACAGACUGCUUUUGUCAAGACCAGUGUUUCUGAAAUGAAUGAUGAUGUGGUCACUGAUCUGUGUCCACACGUUCGUUGAUCAUGUCUUUGCUCAACUCUUGUGCCAUUCAUUCAAGCAUCUCUCACAGAAUCGGUACAGUGUGGCGUAGCUUAGAGCUUUAAAGAGUUAUUGAAGAAGUAAUAAUUUUCAUCAAAUUUUAUUUGUAUACAACUACAUGUACAUGUUUGAUAUCAAUAUAUUUCUGGCAUUUUUCUACAGAGACUUUAACAUUUAAAAAGAGGAUAUUUUUGAUAUAAUGUUGAUGACUGAGAGGUUUUAUGAAGAAAAUGUUUUUUUUUUUUUUUGCAGGACAAAGUGGAAAGAGUUUAUAUACACAGAAAAAUGUUUGUAUGGAUAAAAUUACCACUGCAAGACACUUUACUGAAUGGUGUAUUUUGUUAGUAAAGGAAGUAAGAUGGAGAUGAAAGUGGAGUAAACCAAAUAUUUGUUCUUUAUCAGAAGGGAGACUGAAUGAAUGCAUGGCUGACUCUUCACUUUGUCCUGCUUUCACUGUGUUUUACUAUGCAUUUCUGUGAAGAGGCUGUCUGUUGGUGCGUUCAGUGUGCAGGGUGCUCUGCUUUCUAAAGCAGAUAUAGUGCCUUGCAAAAGUAUUUAUUCCUCUUGGUAUUCUUACCAUUAUGUUGCCUUAACUGGAAUUUAAGCAAAAAAAAAAAAAAAAACUUCAGAUUAAUAAAGUUAAGUGAGGACAAACUUGUUUUGAAUCGUUCAAAAAUAUAAGACUAAUGAAUAGUGUCUAUUUGUUUUUAAUAAUUUCUGUUGAAUGUAACAGAAGGUAACAGACACAUUAUAAAUAUACGAUAUUUAUAUGCUCAAAGGAGUGGGCAGAAAUAUACACUCAUUAGCUCACUCCUGCAUCCUUACUCCCAUCGCUUCUUAUUCAUCAAAGAGGUUAUUCUGAAUUUCUUACAAAAUAAUACAUCCAACAACUAUUACAAAAGUGUGUGUGUGUAUAUAUGUAUAUAUAUAUAUGUAUAUAUAUGUGUGUGU